AUGCCGCCGCGGGCAGCGGCGCUGCUCUUCCUCCUCGUGGUCUCCGUACAAUUCGGAACAUCAAGUUCAACAAGUAUUGCGGCAUACUUAUUUGGAUUCUUGAGUAGAACCCAUCUGCAACACUUUCCUGCCCUAGCCCCAGGCCCAGCCCCUUCUCCUCAACCUCAAGGUCCCAUUAUUGCUCACCCAGUGCAUAGGCAUCACAGAAAAAGGCAUCAUGCUUCCCCACCACCUUCAUCGCCAUCAUCAGAAAGACAAGAUUGCAGUGGAACAACUUGUUCUGCUCCGCUUACGUCGACUCCAAUCGGUUCACCUUGUGGUUGUGUAUAUCCUAUGCAAAUUCAGCUUGACCUUGGUGUGGCACCAUAUCAGUUAUUUCCGAGAAUCGAUGAGUUAGAAAUUGAGGUUGCAGCAGGUACAUUCCUGAAACAGAGCCAAGUUCGGAUCAUGGGUGCUGGGAGUAGUCUUCAAGAUCCUGAAAAGACAACGGUAACCAUUGAUUUGGUGCCACUAGGUCAGAAGUUUGAUAGGACUUCAGCCUCACUGAUUAGCAACAGAUUUUUGCAAAAGAAGGUGCCAAUAAACUCAUCCAUUUUUGGCGACUAUGUUGCUACAUAUGUUCAUUAUCCAGGCCUUCCUUCUUUGGUACCUAUUCCUGGAUCCUUGGGUCCAGUAAGCAGCAACGAGGACCCUUUUGGUGCAAAUAUACACAAUAGAAGCCAUCAUAAGAUUAACUCUAAAAUGGUUGCAAUAAUUGCUCUAUCGGCUGUGGUUUUUGUUUUGAUGUGCUUCGCCAUUGGCAUCAUUUGGAGAUUUAAAGUAUUAAAAAAUUCUCAUGCUACUGGCCCUAUUUCAAGUUCGUCCAUCACCAGAAAAGGAGGUAUGCGAUCAUCGUUCUCUGGUACGAGCAGCUCGACAGCAUCAUUUGCUUCAACGAUAGGAACUUGCCCAUCCACUGUUAAGACAUUUACAAUAACCGAACUUGAGAAGGCCACAGAAAACUUCAGCUUCAGUAAAAUAAUAGGUGAAGGGGGUUAUGGGCGCGUUUAUCGUGGUAUAAUUGAAGAUGGUGUUGAGGUUGCUGUCAAAUUGCUCACAAGGAAACAUCAGAACAGGGAUCGCGAGUUCAUUGCGGAGGUUGAGAUGCUAAGCCGUUUGCAUCACCGCAAUCUUGUCAAGCUGAUUGGUAUAUGCAUUGAACGGAGCACGAGAUGCUUGGUAUUUGAGCUUGUUCCAAAUGGAAGCGUUGAAUCUCAUCUACAUGGCUCAGAUAAAAUCUAUGGUCCGCUUGAUUUUGACACUAGAAUGAAAAUAGCCCUCGGUGCGGCACGGGGACUAGCCUAUCUGCAUGAGGAUGCCAAUCCCCAUGUCAUUCACCGGGAUUUCAAGGCUAGCAAUGUUCUGUUGGAAAACGAUUUCACUCCCAAGGUUGCUGAUUUUGGGCUGGCAAAGGAAGCAUCAGAUGGGAUGGAUCAUAUUUCUACUCAGGUCAUGGGGACUUUCGGGUAUGUUGCCCCAGAGUAUGCGAUGACGGGGCAUCUACUUGUCAAGAGCGACGUCUAUAGCUAUGGUGUGGUGCUCCUCGAGCUGCUGUCAGGCCGGAAGCCCGUGGACAUGACCCAGCCACCGGGGUCCGAGAACCUGGUCACCUGGGCGCGUCCACUCCUCACCACCCGAGAAGGCCUUCAGCGGCUGGUGGACCCGUCGCUACCGGCGGGCUACGACUUCGAGAAGCUGGCCAAGGCGGCGGCCAUCGCGUCCAUGUGCGUGCACAUCGAGGCAUCGCAGCGCCCGUUCAUGGGCGAGGUCGUGCAGGCGCUGAAGCUGAUCCACAGCUGCGGCGGCGCAGCCGGCGAUGAGACCUGCAGCGGCUCCUUCGGCGGCGGCGCGACGGAGGAGUCCCCCUGGAACGACGGCAGCCGGAGCACGUGGAACGACGGUCCCGCCACGCCGGGUCCGGCGUUAGCCCUGGGCUACGGCUCGGACCCCGCCGGCGCCGCGGACGACGAGCGGAGGCCGCGGUCGGCGUCGAGCGCCGUGCUGGACAAGAUCGAGUCCCUGGCGAUGUACGACUGGUCCGGCCCGCUGCGCUCCAAAGGGAGGCUCAGCUUCUACAGGCUGAGGGGGAGCAUGAGCGAGCACGGCCGGCCCUCGGACGACGGCAGCGUGGAAGGCUACUUGAUGUAAGCCGGCUGGCCGGCGACGGCGACCGUCCGCAGAUUGGCGCGGCGGGCGCGCCUUCGCGUUUCUUGUCUCGAUCUAGAAUUGUAUAGCUCCUGCUUGACGAGAUUUUGGUGCCUGUUGCGAAGAACACACCGUUCUGAUCCUCUAAUGUAGUCGAUGCAUUUUGGCCCGGAAUAGACGAGCGAGAACUGGAGGCUGUCAGAGUUGCCAACCCA